CAUGACAGCUGGAACAGCAGUGAUUUUGUGACUAGUGAAAAAUCUUGAAAAAUUGUGUUAAAAUCGUUCCAAUUCUAGUAAAUUGUUGUUCCUGAGAUAGAAUAGGUACUUCCACAUCUGUAGAAAGUGAAGUACCGGCAUAUGGCCAAUCAAUUACAGGCGGAAGAUGGCCCCUGGAGCAAGUAAUAAUAACAAUGAUAAUAAUCAUAAUCGUCAAACGGGAACGAAACCGAAAACCAAAUCCUCGAAAAAGAAUUCCGUUCCCCGAGAGGUAGUUGCCCCGACUAGGCGAGAUCUCCAGCAGCAGCUAAAUGUUCUCGUCGAUUGGGCGACGGUAUCCGGCGUUGCCGCAGCCGCGGUUAAUAAUCAGCAACAUCAGCAGCAGCAGCAGCAAUCUGGGACAGGUGCUGGAGGGCCAAGUAACCAGCAGAACUUUCUACUCAAGCCGAGAAAUAAUCGCACUCCGGGCGAAGGAACGUGUUACGAAAUUGAUAACCUCGCUUUACAGGAUAACAGCCGGUACAUCCCAGUGCGUCCAAUUGUUCGCCGGAACCUACUGAGUGAGAGUGCCGGUACCGAACCUGGUGAACAGCACAAUACCGCAGUUGGUGUGGUCAUUCCAACCACUCCGAACUCAGCCUUGCAAACUUUUCGGUUGAACGACGCCGGUAGCGGUUCGAGUGCGGGCAUUAAUAACCUCAUCAACAACACCGGUAGCCAGAAGCAUAUUCUCAAUCCGUUCCAGCAGCAGCAACUGCAACAACAACAACAGCAACAUCAUCAGCUGUCGAAUCUCCGAGCUUCGCCGUUGAGUUCACGCGUACCGGACGGUGCAUCGCAAAAUCAGCUCAAUCUGAGUAAGAAUUCCAACCAGCAGCAGCAACAGCAGUUUUACGGUGGUGGCGCUAUUGGCGGAGGAAACGUUUCCAAGACCAACUUUGAGGAUAAGCUGAAUCAGAUACAGGAAUACAUAAAACUGACCACUAAUUUGAUCUCAUCGGUGCAGACUGACAAUAGGAAGGAAUCGCAGGAGGGAAGGAAGCAAAACAACGCUUCCACGAUGGGUGAUGAGCGUUGCUAUUUCAUGCCGAUCAAUUCCGCUAGUUUAGAGAGUGUGAGCCACAGCGAUUCUGAGCAGCUCAACGGACCCCGACCCCAGUCAGUGCAAAGCAUCAGCACCAACAACUCGACGACACCGGUACAAACUCCAUCGUACGACGAAUUACGCUUCCGCAUGGAAGGUCAGAACAAGAACAUGCAAGCCCUAAAAGAACAGCAAGCACACCUACUUCGACUGCAACAAGCCGCACGUCAGCAAUUGCAGGAGAUGGAGGCAAUACGGCAGCACACGGCUGCCGCGUCGGUUCCGUUGGAGAACUUCGAAUCAGUGGAACAGGUUCAGGAUGGCAUCAGUGGCGUGAUGGAGCGGAUGCGUGUUCUUGCCACGUUUAUUCAAAAUCAACAGGAACUGGGUAAUCUACUUGGUGGGGAUAACGAGGACGUUCUGAGUGAGCAAGUUAUGUUGCAGCAGAAGUUUCAGGAGUUACGUGAUAAAAAAUCACAGAUGCAUAACCUGGUAUCGGAACUGCAGAAUUUGAACGUUGAAGCAAGUAGACAUUUUGAGGGAACGAAUAUGGUACCGGUGGAGCGAAAUGUUCCAAUCGAGCUGACCAAUGUCCCAGCGUCAGCGGCUGAUAUGAGAAAGGCAACCAAGACUUUCAAUCAAAACAACGUAGAACUUUCCGUCAUGAAUGGAUCGCGAGGAGGUUCCAUUACACCCAAAGUAGAAAAUGUGGCUGCUGAAAGUGAGGAAGGACUUCACGAGGAGGAUGAUGAAGAAGAAGAGGAGGAGGUGGAAGCUGCAGCCGGAACAGCGGAUAUGUUGAACGAUAAGAUCAACGAAAUAAAUGCCAUGAAAUCACAACUGAGACGCUUGAAGGAGAUGAUGGACACUGUGAAGCUGAUCGAGAUAAAAAAUGGCGAUUCGAUCAAUGAAGAGGAAGAUAUCCCCGAAGAGAAUGAUGAAAAUCCGGAAUCGGAUGAAGAAUCUCGCUCUCCAAGCGUCGCUAGCCAGAUCAGUGAUCAGGGACCAGUCGGAGGAGAACCGUCUGACAAAAGACGAGAGCAGUUGAAUCAAAGAGUGGAAGCCUUACAUGCCAUGACCCGAGAUCUCAGAGAACAGGCUAAAUCGAUUGCUGCAGAGCGAGACGCCUUGAAAAUCGCUCGCACAGAAGUUCAAAAACGCCGUAACAACGUGGCAGAAUUGCAACAUAGCGCCGAUACUCAAACCGCGGAGAAGUUGACUAAUCAUGUUGCAUCGCUAGUGUCUUCCAUGCCGCCCGGGCCUAAAGAGCGAGAGCAAAUGGCGCUGAAAGCAGAACUCGAGCAGAAGAGAAUUGAACUGGAAAGGAUCGAAAAAAUGACUCAUAGUAUAAAGAAAAAUACGGAGCUAUCACGCCGGAACACAGAAGUAGCUCCUCCGAAAGUUUCGUCUGUUUCAUCAUCCGAUUCGCUUCGCUCUCCGAAUCGUCCGCCGGUGAUUCCUCCUCCACCAGCUCCGUCUGCCGUCAACAAUACUAAUGCUAGCAAUGCAACUCAUCACUCGAAAAACUCGGUAGAUUCCGGAGUGACAGACAUUUUUGCCAACGCCCAGCUAGAAUCCGGCAGCUAUCAAUCCAGUAGCACACGCAGUCUAAACAUGGUCCCACCGAUGCCGGACAUCUGCAAUCGGGCUGAUCGGUACCACCGCAAAUCGGAGGACGUUGGAACGUCGACCGCUCGAACGGAUCGUACCUCACCCUGGCCAUCACAUUUGUUCAGUGGUGUUGGACCAUCUAGCUCAAACACUGGACCUCAGAGUCCACACUUUCACCCGUUUGUUGGUUCGGAAAUUCACGUGAGCUCGGCUUACCCGGGAUAUAAUACGUAUCCGGCGUAUUCGAAUCUGCUGCCACCGCACACACCCAACUCUGCGCCUCCACCACCGGACCCGCUAAUGUUCCAACACUUCAUGCAGACACAGCAGAUGCUAAUGAAUUCGAUUACUCAGUGCAACCAGCUGCUGUGGAUCCAGCAGCGAGAAAUCAACAAUCUCAACAAUGCGGUACUACUGCUUCAAGAGCGCAUUCUCAACAAUAGUAACAACAGUAUACUAUUAGGUGACGUGCACGUCCCAGGUGCAGGUGCUCACAUUCGUGCCGAAUCUACUCCACCGAACAACUCCCUGAAUUCGGCGGCAACACUUUCUGGAUCUGUGUACAAUCGUGCUCGCUCGGAGCAACCUUCGAUGGUUCAUCAGCAAGCUCCUUCUUCCCCGUAUCACACGAUUGCACCGACCAUCCCCCAAACACCAUACGGCAGCAUGACCGGUUCUACCAACCAGUUUCAUUCAUUCACUGCUACAACAUCACAUCAGCCGAGUGCCCAGUUUUCGAUUAACCAACAAAUUCAGCGCAAUAACUCUAACAUCUCAAAUGCUAACGUCAGCAGCAAUAGUAGUCAUCGCAGCUAUCGCAAUCUCAGACAUGUUAACAUUAACACCGCUAACAAUGCAAUCUACGAACAGCAGCAGCUUCAACAGCAACAACAACAGCAACAGCCACUAUACGACCAUCACGUCUCGAUGCAGCAACAUUCGAACAAUUUUAUGAAUCUCAACAAUCCCCUGCAAACGGGAGCAGCCAGUGCCAAUGAGGAUUCUAAUUUACAACAGCAACCGUACAAUAACGUUUCCGUCGGCGGUGGUGGCAGCCUUGUUCCAUCCAAUAUGAUCAACAAUCUGGCUAACGGUCCAACUACGACCAUGCAGACGGGAUCGAUGCCACCAGCGCAACCGGUCUGCUUGAACAAUCUCAAUAAUAGCAAUAACAGUAACGCAGCUCAGCAAACGCAAGCGCUCAACAAUCAGGUUCUUCCGGGAGUACGUGCCAACAACUACUGGGACAAUUUCAGAAGCUACUCAAGACAAAAUCUCCUGUCGAGCAACAGCUGCAAGAGCAAUGAAGACUCCUGUGCGCUCAGUUCCGGUAGCUGCACGAACAACAUCAACAACCAGAUUCAGCGAAACAACAGUAACUCAAACAACUACAACAAUAACACCACUGGCAACGUUUGUAGUACUACCAGCUACAGUUCCAACAGCAAGUACCCAUCGAAUUUCAAUCGCAACAAUUCAUUGAACAACAUCAAUCAACAAACUACGUCCGAUAUGGAACCGCCUACUCCACAACAGCCGAAUAUGUCUCACCAUCAGCAAUCACAGUCACAGCAACAACAACAACAACCACAACAGCAGCAACAACAUUAUCAAUCACUUGCUCCUGUUCAUCGGCCUGAUUCGGCAUCAUUCCAGCAGAUGUCACAGCCAGUGUUUCAUCACCAGCAUCAGUCACAGUCGCAGCCUCAACAGCAACCACAGCAGCAUCACACACCACUGAAUCAGUCGAAUUCGUUCGACCUGGGUGAACUGCAGUUUCACACCAAUCCGAUCAAUCUGGGUCUGGUUAGCAAGAGCCAUCCCAAGGGAAGCGGUCAUAAGAAAUAUCCACUCUCACUGCGAUCAUGUCGUGAUGGAAGCUUAGGAGGUGCUGAAACAAGUUCCAACUUUUACGGCGUCGGUGCCCACGCGGAAAUGGUUGCUGAUUUGAACCUGGCUUCCGCUAGUAAUUAUCAACAUGAUUCAAAAUCAUCCUCCAAACUGUUCGAGGCGCUCAAGGAAAACGUCUACCAGGAGGUGAAGAAUCUCAUCACUGCUAACGAAUCUCGGCCUCACUUUUUGAUCCAGCUGUUCCGUGAGCUGCAGCUGAUUUCAUCCGACCCGCUGCGCCAGCGGACACUGCAAUCAAUCCAGGAACUAUACAAUCGCUACAUCGAAUCCACACUGCAGCAGGAACAGCAAGAAGGUCACGUCAAUAACGUCGGUAGUAACAAUCUGUUGGCAUCGAGCGCAACCGGAGGCAGUGUUGGCAGUGGUGGACCGGUUGAUAGCGCUGUGGGACAACAGCCGUCCACUGGAGCGGAAAACGUCGAAGUAAUCGAAGUAGAAGUCUCACAAAAUUUUACCAAUUCACGACAUCAGCAGCAACAACAACAACAACCACAUAAGCAAUCGGGAUUCCAAUUCGUUCCAAACGCCGAAAGUACUCCAAUUACAAACGUUGCCGGAAUUGGAUCCAGUUCGAAGGCAAAUGAAAUGGCACCACUUUCCGGCAGUGAACUGCAAUCGAACGAAAUUGAAAUAUCCAGCUCUGAAAUAAUUAGCAUCAUUAUGAGCGACAUUGUGGCCGUUAUCAAUUCGGUUGAUUACAUUAACGAUUCGGUUCUUUGUAAAAUUGCUGGAGUUAUUUGUAACCACGCGACUGGACCUGCGAAUGGUUUGUUCCAGCAGCCACAACCGCAGCAACAGCAGGAAGAGCUGCUAGUCAAUCCAAUGAUUGGACCCUCGAUGGCUGCGUUUCUAGCACAAAACGAUGCCGAUGUUAUCAGCCGAGAAGAUUUCCUACGUCAUCUGGAGAGUUGGAAUCGAACGGAUAAAGAUGAGUUUAUUUCGAAUCUAGAAAAUCUGCUCAAUAACAUUCUGCUGAGAUCAUCAGCCGUUGAAGGUGAUGGUGGGGCCGUUUCAUCCUCGAACAUGAAUGGUGACGAAGAGGGUCAGAUGAGAGCUCAAAUGCAACAUCAGCAGCAGCAACAGCAGCAUCAUCACGAUUCUUUGUCCAGCAACGGAAAUGGUAAUAACACAACCGGAGAUCUCAGCACCGAUAACAACGAAACGUUUUCUUAUGCCGGAAACGAGGAUCCUUUUUCACCACACAAUUCAACCGUUGUUGGGGCUAUUGGUGGCAGUAGAAGGUUGUACGGUGUGUCGGAAAGCGAUAAGAUGUCCAACGGUGUGAGUAGUUCUAAUGGUUAUGCUUCUACUACGUACGAUUUGGCGGAAGCGGAUCAAGUUUGCGACAUGGAUAAGGCUCAUUCAGCGGGCGCGGUAGGAGGAGGUGUUCCAACAGUAUCAGCCAGUGGCAGUGCUGCAGAAUCCAUUCAACACAGCAUGGAUGAGCGAUGGCGACCUAUCCCGCGGACAUUAGAUGAUGAUCUAGCUAAUAUGAUGGAAAGGAAUCGUCUCGUGGAGAUGGUGACUCAAUACGAACGAAAGCAGCAACAGCAGCGACAGCAGCAACGCCAGGGCGAGGAAGAUGAUAUAGAAGUUGAUAGGUCAUUGUUUUACUGAGAUUCACCGUGUGAACCGUGCCGUAGUUGGGGCGCUUGCCAGCACUGGAACUGUUCCCCGGCUGCUGAUGGGCGGUGCGGUUAUCGAAUGAUGAUGAUCUCGUGUGAAAAUUUAACACUUUUGAAGGCGAAAAAAGAAGCGGCAGAGGUUGCGGCCCGUCUUGAUCCGGAAAGUGACCAGCUGCCGGGUGCAGUGCAGCGAAGCCACGGAGUUGAUGUAGGUUAUUCUUCGUUUCUUCUGCAUCUCUUCUAUGUGAUAGUUUCGGUUCUCUUCAAUGGACGACGUUCCCGCUUUCGGGGACGAUGAAUGCGUUUUUGUUUCCCGAAAUCUUACUGAAUUAUGGCAACAAUUGCAGACUAUUUUUAUUCGGAGAAUACUAAUUGUGUGUUUUACUCGCAAAUACAUCCAACAACAUAAAUUAUAAACGAUUGCUUGAGAAGCUCAACACCCUGUGUUAAGGAAAUAUGUAAUCAACUACAACAGUGAUUUCAAAAUUUAAAGGAAGUCCA